UUCCCUGUGUUCGUUUUGCGGUGGAAUCGCGCGCGCAAACGGGAAGAGCGAGGCUCGCAGGGAUACACAGGAAGAUCGAUAAUCGCGCGAACUUUGCGCAAGUGCCGGAAUCGCCACCCCCGGGGGUUGGAAGUGAAGAAGUUGCCGCUGCCUCCCUUUCCAUUCAGAGAGGGUUCGCGAGUGGGUCACACGCACACCUAAUAGUAACACACAAAACUGCCGCCGCCGUUGAGGAGAGCAGCAGAACCAGAAGACCGAAGAACAAGAGAGGACCAACCCUUUUUUGAGAGUCUUCGGCGGUGAAACCUCGAAGUUUCAAUACAUAAUUUCAAUCAGAAAUUAAGUAAAGAAACCAACCGAAAUGUCCGAGAAGAAGUCAGAAUAUUACACCAGGCCCCCGAAACUAGGCAAAUGGGAGAGCUUCAGCACUUUCCUGUGGAACUCUGAGACUUCCCAGUUUCUAGGCAGGACCGGCUCCAGUUGGGCUAAAAUCUUGUUGUUCUAUGCAAUUUUCUAUGCGGCACUGAUUGGUUUUUUUGCUGCUAUGUUAACCGUCUUUUAUCAAACUCUGGAUGCGAAGAAACCGAAAUGGUUACUGGACGAGUCGCUUAUUGGCAGCAAUCCUGGUCUGGGCUUCAGGCCAAUGCCACCAGACAGUAACGUCGAGAGCACAUUGAUCUGGUACAAAUCCAAUGACAAGGGAAACGUACUAUACUGGCAGGAGGAGCUGUCCAGAUUCCUCGAAUUAUACAACAAGGAUAAUAACCCUCAUCCAGGUAACAUCGAAGAUUGCCAGCAGGGUGUGAAACCCACCCCCGGUAAGGUGUGCGAUGUCAAGCUGGAUAAUAAGUGGCAACCUUGCUUGGCUAAGGAUGGAUACAACUACAACUCUAGUUCGGGCGGUCCUUGCAUAUUCCUCAAACUGAACAAGAUCUACGGUUGGCAUCCAGAAUUCUUCAAUAACACCAACCUGCCGAACAACAUGCCAAAUCACCUCCAAGAUAAGAUCAAAUCUCUUGAGGGAACGCCAGAAAACAAGAUGGUUUGGGUGACCUGCGAAGGCGAAAAUCCCGCUGACAUCGAAAACAUCGGCGCCAUUCAGUUCUUCCCCGCACCAGGAUUUGCCGGUCAAUAUUUCCCGUUCCAGAACCAAGACGGAUACAUUAGUCCAUUGGUUGCUGUCUACUUCGAGAAACCAGCCAGGGGAGUGCUCAUCAACAUAGAAUGUAAAGCCUGGGCCCUCAACAUCCAUCACGACCGUGUAGACAGAAGAGGAUCCGUCCACUUCGAGCUUAUGGUCGACUAAGGAGUUUCGGCCCAUCAUCCUGAGGCUUUAACAACUGCCAUCAAUAUACAACAACAAAAAUAAAUAAAUAAAUAAAAAUACCACCAAAGCUGAUAACCAGGAAUAAUAAGAAGUAGAAAAAAAAAGUAACAAUAAGCGGACUUAUAAGCAAACAGUUUCCCGUUUCCUUUUUCGGUUUUCAUUUAAUUAUUUAUUUAUUUUCGUAGGCGUGUAAUGACAAAAAAAAAACAAAAAAAACGAGAAAAUAUGUAUAUUAAAGAAAACAUUAAUACGAUAUUAUCGAUAAAAAUCCAAAAAAAAAAUCGCGUGACGGUCCUAGUUAGGUAGAUUAAAGACAACCAUGAAGAUGAAGUAAUAAAGUAAAGUUAGUCGAAACACAGAAUUUUAGCAGUUUGAAUUCUUUAAAUAAUAUUAAUAAUGAUAAUGAUAUUGAUAUAAUGAUGUAAAGAAAACAAAAAAAGUGUAAUAAGAUGAAUCUGCCACGUUUUAGAUGAAUUUUUAGGUGAAUCGUUUCCCCGGGAAAUAGUUAAUUAACGCAUGAGUAUGGAGAAGCAGAAUUAAAUAUCGCUUGAAUCCGGUGUAUAAAAAAAUAAUACAUAAUAAUAAUGCGAGACGAUUAAAUAGUGCUAAUAACUUUAUUCUUUAGUUUUCGUUACUCUCGGUUAUUUUUUGAGAUAAACAACUUGCAGCUCGAAGAGAAAAAUAACGCGCGCGCGUUCGAUUUUUAACAUGUUAGUGUAUUGUUUCACUCUUUUGUAAUAACAUUUGACAUGU